GGAGCCUGAAGGACAGGGGGAGAGCAGGCGGUCCCCACAUGGAAGUCUGACUUUGGGGCCCAGAGUCGGGGAGAUUAUUCUGUGGUGUCUAGACUCCAGGGUGAGGGGGGGAAGCUUUAGAGAGAAAGACUGAGACCAACAGAGUUGACAGGGAGACUCUAGAUCAUAAGCUAUUCCGGCUCAUAUCUAUGUAGAGGAUGGACGUUAGCAUAUGAAGGUCUUGGCUGUUCUUAAUAAAAGAGGCUUAUUUUGUGGUGAAAAUUAAUACUUUCUACCAUCUGAUAGGAUCCCCACUUGGCAGGCUGGGAUUAAGGUUCAAUGCCUCAUAGAUUGGGAGAAAGAAACUCUUCCGUCUGUGCAGAGUUGGAUUUCACAGCCCCUUUCUAGGAUCAAUUCAAAUGACGAAGUGGAAUGUAUAAACCACAUUCCUGGACAAAGAUGGUAUAGAAACCUUAUCCAUGAGACACACGGCUGUGGGAGAGCAUGAUGCGGUGGAUGUCGGUGUCGGCACAGCUAACUAACUCCUUUUUAAGAAAUUGUUCAUUUGGCAGGCUAUAAAUACUGCGACUCCCUUCAAUUAUUUAAAGCCUGCUAAAAAUUCUCCAUAUGAACCAAGAACUAUCAAUCAGGGGCCGUGCAGGUGUAAAAUACUGGUUGAUCUUCUUGACAUAGACAGGACAGCAUACUAGUAAAGCUUUUAUUGGCAUGGUAGAGAGGAAAAUUAAUAUUAUUCAUUAUUAUGGAGUGGCAGGAAAUAUUUCAGGAAGGAGACAAUAAAUUAGAUUUUUGAGAAAAACACUAAACCUGUGAAGCAUUUGCCAACAAAUGAAUGUGGAAUAUUUUAAAACUGAGACAGCGAGACAAAGUUACCGCAUGUCAGAGCAUUAAACUUGAAAGAAAGCUCUAAUUUAUUCAUCGCGGCAACACACAUCUUCAAAUAUAUCACUUACUAUCUCUCACUUUAACCUUCCAAUAGCUUUCCCCUGUCUUUUUAAUUCCCCUAGAAAUAUAAUCUGCAAAUAUGUCAUAGGAAAGACUAAAAAAAGCCUUUUUCGACAUUAUUUUUGGAUACCCAUGGAAUUAAACCCCUUACAGCAAUUCCACUGUUUCGACAAUCCUAUUACAGCAGUGACACAACUAGAUAACAAUUAAUUCAUAUGAUCAGCAGUACAUGGUUACACUGUUGAUUUUGGUUAUCUUAAGGCUACCUCUUCCAAAAUCUUAGCAGUAUAAAUUUCCCUACUUGUCCCUAAUGUCUUAAAAUAUGCAGGCUUACAGUAGAUCCUCUUCUUAUAGCACAUUAGUCAUAAUCCAUGUGCAACAAUGUGAUUACCAUCUUCAAGCGUUCCCUCUCCACCCAUCCUAACCCUUCAGCGUCUCUGCUGGCUCAGUAGUAAAGUAAUGGCAUUAGGACAAUCCUCUGAGCUACACAGGUUAUUUUAGGACCCCGGUACACAGUGCAAAUGACACCAUGAAUGUAACUUGUACAGUGAGAGAAAACGGGACUGCUGCUUUCAACUAACUUGAAGGACCUCUGUAUCUGUCUUGUCAUCCUACGCAAGACUGCAGUCCCCUCAGCAUGUCCAAACUGGAGUUGUUGUUCUUGUGUAAGACUGGGAGACGAUCAGACGAGGGGGAUGAAGAGGGGGCACUGAGCCAAGGUGCAGCAUGAGGAAACUGUUUCAUUUUGGCUCAGGCUGACUUGCUCCUUUACAAAACCUACAAACUCAUGCACUGUUAAAAAAACCAAUGACAAUCUAUUCACAAGAGUUUGUAUUCUUAAUUGGGUAAACAUGAAAAUUAAAAUAGUUAUUAUUAAACAAGAAAGUACAUGUCAGACCAACAAUGUGCACCUCAAUAGAGACCAAAUAUGUAAUUCUAAAUUCCCAUAAUGCAGUUCUGUCAUUGACCCAUGAGGUUUGCCGAAGAAGACCCACGGGGUUUGCCACGUUCCGUCGCAAGGGGAAGUUCUCCCUCAUUGUGUAUCACAGCCAGCAGGGCAGAGUGAGAAGAAGACUUUUUUGAGUGGACCAGCUUCAGUCCAAGUUGUUUAAGUAUUUUGUGUGAAAAUAAACUUCCCUGAACUGUAUUAAGUGUAUUAACUAAUAGAGAAUAUGGUGUUAUUCUGCUUUACAAAAUUUACUUAAGUAAAUUGGUUACUUUUUCAGUUUAGCUAACAAUGCUUGUCUAUCUACAUUGCUUGUCUGCCGGAAAAUUAUUCUUGUUGCCUCAUGACGUGUUUCUCAGCCGCAUGUUUAAUCGCACAUGUAACUGAACAGGCGAUUUUAUCUCUGGGGCACAUUCACGAUGCACGCCGCCUCCACGCUCACUCACUGCGGAGAAAGCCGAUAACUUUAGCCAUUAGCAAGCGGCUGCUAGCCGACGGCUAGGGCUGCUAAAUGUUUAAAAUGGCCAAACGAAGAAUAAAUAGUCGUGACAAAUAAAAAAUAAUUGAGCAAAUAAAAGUGUUUAUAUUGGCAAAACGAAGAAUAAAUAGUAGUGACCAUUCACCGAACAGCGUAAACGUAAUUGAUGCGACGAUGAAAUGUCACUUAUGACAAUGACCUAGCAAACCGUUGACACAAUUAAAAAAUCUUAUUGCAAAAGGUUGCCUAAAAAUUUUUUAUUUUUCUCAAUUAUUCUUUUUUUACAGUGUGGUCAGGGGACAGGGAGCUAGAGUUUCAUGCUCCCUCUGCUGCUCAUUGUCCUUGCUUCUUCUUCUGCUGCUGCAACAAUUGUUCCAGAAAUGUCAGGUGCCUCCUCACACCUCUAACAUCCUAACCAAUUGUCAGUUUACAAUCUGAAUGAAAAACCUGGAUAGUGGCUCUUCACGCUAUUUGAUGAUGUCAAUCCCAGUGUCGUCAUAUUUCCACCACUCUGUCUCAAGCUGCUUUGUCAAAGGUAUCUAAGGUGAGAGAGCGCACCGCAUGAGAGUGCGUGUCGGACUGCCGUGCUGUUGCGUAACGGACGUGCCAGGUUGUAGGUUGGUAGUAGGUUGGUAGGAAGGCAAUCGUGUUUAUCUGCCUGUGAGAGAGGAGAGAGAAAAAAAUGAGAGGGAGGGAGCGAUGUGGAGGGAGAUGAAGCGGUCGGAGGGGGCGUACGUCUCUGUAGUCGCUCAUGGCUGGAAGGCUCAGGCUGGCAGAGGCACAAGGCUGCUGAAUGCAACCUCUCUGUAUUUCGACAGUAGACCGUUCUCGCAUCAACUGGGGAUUCUUAAAAUUUGAAGCGCAGAUGAUAUAAACUGAAAUAUACACUGAGGAUACACUUUUUUUUGACUGGGCUAUUUUAGUAAUCUCUCAUCCUCAUCCUCUCUGCCGCAGAAGACGCCAUCGGAGAGGAGCUGCACAGACCUGCAGGUAGGCUAUGUUUAAGAGGAACAGAUGGACUUCAGAUAUCAGGAGUGGAGUGGCUGCUAUGCGGCGAUACUUUGCGCAGUGACGUCGCCUAUACCUGUGUCGCGGUAACGAUACCAGUCAAGUUUUAACAGGCAGCCAGUUUUCAACUUUACCUCUUGACAGGAACAAAUGACUCUUAGGCUAAUUAUCGGGAAUUAAAGCUCUCCACGGAAAGUAAACUUGGGGCUUAAAAGUGCAGAGCACAGUCAGUUCGAGCCACGACAACCCUCCUGCUGUUUGGAUGGUACCGUGGUCUAAUAUUACACAGCAACGCCUCGUGACCAAUGGUUUAUUAUGUCUUGUGAUUAAAACUGCGUGAAUAAUUGCGUUAAAUUGUCGAAGUAGUUCUACUAAAUGUGUAUCCCUACACCUCAGUGGGAAAAUGUUUGAAAGGCCACAUCACAGCUGAUGCAAAUGUAACUAUUUGCUCACCAACUUACUCAGCCUCUUUACUAAACAAUUAGGUUAAUGAGCUAUAUUUGCCUAACUGCUAAUAUAAGGAUGCACCCACCUUUACUGUAGCCUACAAAUGUGCUCGAUUAUUAUUAAUAGGCCCACUCAUUUCUGAGCGGAUUUUCACAGAGAGGGGACCUUUUUGAGUCACUUUGUGGUCUAAAAAUAGAUCCCCACAGCUCCCGAAUCAUCCUUUUGUGUUAGCUUUUGCUACAACAUGUCCACCAUGGAGCAGUUCUUGUGUAUCCGUUUCAAACACAGCAACCUCUAAUGUCUAAAUAUCUCAUUGAACAUCAUAUGUGUUAGUAUAAAAAUGUAUUAAUAAUUGAGAGCCCCGUGCGUAAAAGUUCUUUGCUGUCCAUUUGGCAACUGCUGGCACGUGCGCAACGUGUUUCUUUGUUUCCGCAGGUGGAUGGGCGUGUUUACAGUAUAAUAGUGAGGGUAGAAUAGCCUUAACUGCAUACGGCAUGAGGCACAAAGAUGAUCUGGAUUCACCUGUUCCUCAUCAGGAUGUGAACGCUUUCAGUCGUGUUAGGGGUGCACAGGCACGGCCUCUCUAAAGCGCUGUUAGAGUCCCGCCUGCAGAGUCUGGUUAAAAAGGGGAAGAAAAGCAGAUCCAGAUACACUAACAAUGAAGGAAGGCCAUGCCUGUGUGUGAAGUGGCUCUAUAGAGAUUUAUUGACUACUUAAAGGCUGCACUGAUAAGUGGGUUUUAAAGGUAAAAGGACAGCUGUUACAUCAACACAUUAUAAAUUUGUUUAAAUCCAGUGGAGAAAAAGUCUCAUUAAUCAUCCGUACAAUUGGCCAGAUACCUUGACAGCACAGUUAAAUAAAAGGAGCUUUUCCAGUUGACACAGACAUAACACACUUCCCAGAACAGCUCGUCCAGAACAGAAUGACUUCUGCAGAAUGAAAAAUAAAACAUAAAUCACAUGAAACAACCCACUAAGCUCUAGACAUGAUCUGUCCUUAAGCUUUUUUAUGGCAGUGGAUCUAUUUGGCCGUGGUAAUAAAAUGUGGAAAAACACUAAGACCUGCAAAUGAUGGUAGUUUUUAUAUACAUACAAUCUGUUUGCAAGUUCAACGAUUGCCACACAACACCCCAUUUAACACAGCAGGGGGUUUUAUUGCAUCCAGCUGGAACAGUGUGAGUUCGGGGUUAAAGCUGAGCUGUGGUUUACUCCCUGAACCAUGCAACAGUUAUAACUUGGGAUGCCUGUAAUCUGUUAAAGUGAAAGUGUUUUUGUGGCUUGACGUGGUUUAGCAGCUGUCUUUGUCAGUCAUCUAACUCACACACCUCUCUGUUUCUGGGAAUGGGAGAUUGAGCGAUGAAUCAGUGUAGACUAUGCAAGCUAUCCACUGAGUCUUCUUCCUGUGGUCACCUAUCUUAUGCCAAUAAACCCAGCCUCUGUUUUACCUCUAAAUGCAGAGAGCUGUCUCUGUAAAGUGUGUGUGGUACAGCCACAGGGCAGUUAAAGCACCUCACCCUUAAAGGCCGACCUUCAGCCUUUGAUCUGUCUCUCAAAUGAAGGCGGAACAUCAGUCAAAGAUGUUUUGCUGCUCAGCACUUUUAAGCUGGACAUCCUCUUCAAAUGGAGAUCAAAAGCAUCCUGAUUGGUUCUGGAGCCUCUUCUCUUCAUACGGCAUGACCUCGCUGUGUGGUCGGUUGCUCCGCUGGAGUUUUGGCAUCCCCCCAGGCAGUGAAGCGCCACAAGAGAGCCAUCUUUGACUGACUCUGGUUUGGCUCAGGAGCUGAAUGGACAAAAUCAGUCCAAGGCAGAGGUGUAGAUGUUGGGAAAUCUUGCUCGGAAACUUCCUAAAGCGUCUGCAAGCGUUUAAUUCAGCUGAGAGCUCAUAUAUCGCCUAGUAUAUAUAUUGACCUAAAAAUUUAGAGCCAUUCUUUUUGGAGGAUUUUAAUUUUGCCGCCUUUGUUUGAAUAAGUAAGAGAAUAUUGCAAGAGCUGUUUGCAAUCCAUAUGUUAUUCCAAGGUGUGGAAUUUGUAACGGUCAAACUGACGACCUCCCCCCACUACCCACAUACCAAGUUAACCACACAUAACUCCCAUUUCCCCCUCUCUCUGUUUCUCUCUGUGUCUCACAUACUCACAAAUUCACAUACAUACACAGUUUCACAGCCCCACCUCUCCCCCUGCACAGUGCAGCACAAACAAGUUACACAUCUGCAUGGCGAGUUAUACUUAUUUGCUCUCUUUGACUGGGGAAUCGUUGCAGUGCUGCAGACCACAGUGACACACAGCUGGUUUAUUCCAGUCUCUCUCUCUCUUUCACUCCUUUUCUCUGUCAGUCUUUACUGUCCCACAGUCUUCAUUCUUUCUGGAGAUUUGUUGUCAUUCUCCUGACUUAUCCACGUUCUUCCUCAGUCAUUAACAGACUUCUCCUCUUAGCUGAGAGCCCCUCUGGUCAUGAGUGACUUUAUAUUCUGCUCAGUAGAGAGACACCUUGACAUUGGAUACUACUUGUCAUCUUAAGUCUUAGUUAGUCUGUCAAAGACAUUACCUCAUAGUUUCAUGCACUGACAGAGAGGUCAAGCAUGUCUGCACAUCUUCACACAAAGGUUGCAUAAGUUUGAGCUGAACUGGGCACCACUUUGGUUUGAGCUUAAGUGAUAAAACAACUGUUGGAUGGAUUGACUUCAAAUGAUGUGCAGACAUUUAUGGUCCCAAAAGGAUAAAUCUCACUGACUGUGGUGAUUUCCUUCAGUUUCCUUCAGGCUGACAUUUGUCUUUAUAACUGCUCAGCAACUUUUUAUUGGGAAGCCAUAUAGGGGGGCAUCAUUUUGUCCAAAACAAAAGUUUUUCAAACUGAGCAGCACAUGAGUAAAGUGCUCACUAGUAAAAGUAAGCAUGUCUACAUUCAAGACUAAUUUUGUUAACACAGUUAAGUUUAAACCUGCUAAACAUCACAUUGGUAAAUAUUGUCGUUUUGAAUAUGUUUGCAUGCUGUCGUUAGCAUUUAGCUCAAAGCAUUGCUGCACCUGUGUACAACCUUAGAGAGCCGUGACUGUAGUCUGAUCCUUUUGUGCUGAAUUUACAUGUAACAAGGAAACCAGAACAGUAUUUACUGUAUGGUUGUAUUUCACAUCAAGGAAAAUUAAUGUUUUUCUGUCUUUUUAGAAAUGAGGCCAAAUUUCUUAAAGCUGUAUCUGUCAUCUUUAAGUAUUUCAAAUUUUUACACUAUGUGUUUAAGGUACAUUUAAAUCACUUAGGUUACCAUACAGUCCUGCAGUCCUGGAGACGCAACACCAAUCUCCUGAGAAGACACAAGUCCCUCUGUCCACAGACACACUCUGGCAUUGGAAACCUUCACAGUCACAAAUUGGUGGAAAUAUUUCCCUGCCAGACUUUUUCAGAGCACUGUAAAAAAAGAGGGACAACAUUUGGAGAGAAAAGAUAUUCUCCAAACUCUUCACUGCCCAUUUAAACCCUUGAGUCUUGUUUAAUGAGUAGAAUACUGACAAUUCCAGUCAUGUUAAUGCAUUAAUGUAGACAUGACGUUCCUGCUGUAAUGAUGAACAGAUUAGCAGCAGCUUUGUUGUACUGAGUCAUGUUGUUGUAUAACCAGCAGGUCUAUAUUGUGGGCAAGGAGUUUAAAGUAAUCUUCAAACUGCUGCUUGCAGCUGCAAUAUUGCUUAUUAUCCGUUGGCAUUUCCUGUUCUGGAUAAAGAACGUAUUGUAUGAGAGAGACAGUGACGACAUCUACACAUCAUGCAAACCCGACUGCAAGCAUAAUACAGAGUGAUGUCCCUUCCCGCCCCCAUUGCUAACCAUGUUAAAAAUACUCUCACUGACCCUGCACCCAUCUGCCUUCCCCCUCUGGCACAAUCAUAAAGGGACUCGUGAGCAUAUGGGUCUGUAUUUUACUCACUGUUGCAAGGGAGCGUAAAACGAUGCACUUUGAUGCACUAGAAGCAUGCUGGUUUAUAAUCGGGGGAAGAACCUAAAUGGCCUAAUAAACCACAGUAGCAUUUGUAGUACAUGGUUUCAUGUUCCUGGAAUUGUCUUUAGACUGCGUAAAGGAACCACAAACCAGCUUAAGUUGACUUAUUUGGAUUAGCAUGAUGGAAAAAUGGAGGUCAGAUUGUAUAAAUCCAGUCAAAAUUUUGAUGAACUGCCAGUGUGUUUGGCAGUAUGUGUGCAUCGCUCAUUUGCAGAGAUGAGAUUACUGAUGACAGCAUUUCCAAAACAGCAGCAGCGUGUCUCUAUCCGCACACUUAAUCUCAUUGGGCUCAUUAAUCUCUUCCUUAAUAUAAAUACAUAGGCUGAGGCGCUGAAUCAAGAUAGAGGUAUGUUUACUGAAAGCAGACGCUCUAUAGUCGGGUUGUUUACCCAUGACUGCCGGAGACUUUGCACCUGCCCCCUUAACCUCAGAAGAAAGGUGAAGCAGGCUCGGUUUCUCUGCAUGCCUUCUUGGACAGACCACCAUGUCUUCGCUUUGACCACAACAAACCUGCUUACCCUGAAAUACAGCUUCCUCGUGACUCGUUUUCUCCUCUCAGAUACUCUGCCUCUUGCUUUCUGUCAGUUUAUAUCCACAAGCUAUCCUCACAUCCUCUGAAUUCACCGCCUCAAAUGCUCCUCUCAGUCUUAAUUCUGUCACAGAUUGCCUCAGUCCCCACUCACUCCCUACACUGUACCCUCUGUUGUCAGCUUCAUUACCAUCAUCAGCCCUCCUCCACCUUCUCUAUCGUUCCAUCUUUGUCUUUCCCCUUUUGCCUGCUUAUCUCUCUCAUCUUUACACUCUCAUAUUAUCUACCUCACCGCUGUUUCUCCAGGGCUCUCGUUGAACCUACGCCGAGGAGCAUGCUUUUGGGCUGUGUUGAAAUAACUCCAGUUGAAGGGGAACAAGGGAAACAGAAAGAAAAAGGAGAAAAACGGUGAUUAAUCAUAUGUUAGAUUGGCCAACAGCCUACUAGACAAGGAGAAGAAGAGGUGAAUUAGACAGGAAAGGAAAAUAAACACUGAAGCUUCUGUGGGUAGGUGGAGACUGAGAUGGAGUAGCGCUUCUAUUGCUGUACCAAAGGAGGAUUUUUUCUCUGCAGCUGCUCUUGUAUAACAAUAUCAACACAACAAAAACGGAAAACAAAACAUUGUUGAAUCCAAAAAGCGAGCGAAGACAGUAUUUUCGUGCAUGUAGCUCUUCAAAUACCUCCAGUUUGACCUGUGACUUCCUGCUUGAUGACUGACCCCUUGUUCACACCCACACACUCGCACAUGUUUUCUCCGCAUACUCGCUCACAUCUUAAAUGUGGCCGUGAGCACGAAAUGCACAUGCCAGCCGUGGUGUGCAGCUGCAGUCACCUCUCAGGGAGCAAAUCACUGCAGCUGUGAAUGGACCCUAGGUGAGUCACACGCUGCAGAAUGGAUUCUCCCAUAAGCUCUGAUUUCUAUUUUCCGUGCAUUCCCUCCUCCUGUUUCAGUCAGAGUUUCAGUGUGAUACUGACUGCCCGCCCUCAAGGUUAUCUCCCACUCUGAGUCAUGUGUAGAUACUGAUGUGAAAAGGCGAGGUUUAAGUAGUAGAAGAAAAGAGGUGGUUUUAGUCAAGAGGUGCACAUUGAGGAGGGGGGGAUGUGACUGGCAGCUGUUUAGCUCUAUGACUCGUAGGAUUGUGUAAUCCUCAAGAGUCUGGGGUUUCUGUGUGGCGCUGGGCUUUGGGGGCAUCACCACACUCUUUGUCACAGCUGGCAUCCACAACUGGAACAAAACGUGAGUUGUGAAAUGAAGAAGUUUGAAUUUGUAAAUUGAGUCGAAAGAUUUUUUUUCUCCUGACAAAAAUAGCACGAAAAAGGUUUAAGUGUCUGUCUGCCACUGAGAGAAACCAUCUGCAAACCUUUUUUUUUUUAAAGUCUUGAUCAUUUGGAUGGCACUGCUUGUUACAUAAGUUAACAUUUUGGGCUUUUCGUGUGAGUCAGUGUGCGUCAUCAUAUGUGCUAUGUUUCCUACAAUCAUACACUUCACCACACCCUAUGUGUCCUCUGGGGCUGUGCUGCUAAUACCAUGAGGGGGUUUCACUGGCCUGCUUUUGAACAAUGCCUGUAGUACAUACACUAACACAUUUUAACGAACCCACCUCUUAUAAAUGCAUCAUACUCACAUUUAUAAAGUACUUUAAAUGCAUCUACGAGGCUUUAUAACAACCGUUAUGCAUGAUUAUAAACAUUCAUAACAGUUUGCAGCAGUUUUAAUGGCGGUUAAAGCCAUUUAGAAGAAAAAUAAUCAGUCAACCACCAGCCCUCAGUGCUUGUCAGUUUGUUUUUUCUGCUCAUGAUUGAUGAGUUGUAUAUUUUUUGUGUCAACAGGAGCACAGUGAGAGGAUGGUGUGACAUAGACGGACAGCUCGAGGGACCAGCCACUGCUGACCGCUCAGAGGCAGACCAUGGCCACGUCUCUCCUUCUCUACGGCGUCCUCCUCUCCUUCCUUCAUCCUUUAAAUACCCAAACCAUCAUCGGCUCCUCUCCUUCCCUCUCUCUGUCAAACGUCCUUGUUAAUUCUACACCUCAGUCGACAAGGCAGAGUCCUAGAUUCUGGCCUUCGCUUCCUCCCAGAGGGCGCAGCGAUGUGCCUAUCAGAGCUCCAGCCCGGGAUAGAGUGACAACGACGACUGAAGUGACACAGGGGCAAAGAACAUCCCGUCCAUCUGCACAGUCCACUACGUCUUUGAUAUCUGCUCUUUCCUCACACAACCUCAGCAGCGGGCCGCUUUUUACUCAAACAUCUGCCUCCAGGCCCAGGACUGAUACAGCCGCUUUAGCGACGAGCACCGCUUUAGCGAAAAGAGAUGAUGCCACAAAAGGCUCGACUCCACCUUUGCCCACUUCUCCUUCCUCUGCUGUGAUUGAGUCUGCAGGUGUCAAAUCUGUGACAGCAGGAAAUACACAGGAUGAAUCUGUCAAAGAAACAGAGGAUGAUGAAUCGCAGGAGGUGGGAUCAGGUAGUAAUGUCACAGUGACGGAGGAGUCACCUGUCCCCCCACCGACAGCUGAUGAUGAGAUGGCACAGUAUCGUCUGAAGGCACAGACUGCAGUAUCUAAAGUUUUGGAUGUAAAAACACCAGCGCAGGAUGAUCAGACUGUGAAGCCCUCUAUGUUUAAGCUUACAACAGUCAGUCAGACCCCUACCAUGCCACAGACUGAGACCAGAGCCACACCGUCCUCUUUGGUAACGCAGGGGACAUCUCAGACAUCAGUCUCAGCAGGUGAGAAACCCUCUCUGUAGGACGAAAGCUCCAUGACAAUCUAAAAACCGUCUGUCACAAAUGAGUCUGUCUUUCCUUUCUUCUAGGUGAGCUGACAGCAAACACUCCUCCCACUGCCAGGGUGACACCGAAGCAGGACUCUGAUGCUCAGACAUCACCCCAAACAACGACUACCACCCCCGGUCCCGCCACAACGCAGCAAUCAACAACCACAUCUACAACUAGGAAGUCGCCCACAACACAGGAGAUAGUGAUACCGACCCGAAAACCAACGAGUCGAACAAACAAAACAGCACAACAUGGAAGAAAUACAACCAACGCAACUAUACAGACAUCAAAGACAGGUAAAAAGAGACAAUCCUGUGGUUUUAUUUGACCAGUUGCAGAGUGUCCUUUGAUUGUAAGUGGAAAUAUUUGUGCAGCUGCGACUUUUUUACUGGAAGAAUUUGGAAAUGGCUUCAAAGAGGGGGGGAAGAAACAGAGGAACUUUUUCCAUGGAAAGUGGGGUGGUAGCUGUGUGGGGUAGACUCUCCGCGAGGGAAGAAAGUAUGAGCAAGAGGUGAAAGGGAGGGUUGAAGAGGGGGGCGGGCGGAAUCCAAGCAAAGAGAGAUAGACAAGAGGAGGGUAGGGUCUGCUAAAGAGGCUGCUGGGAAUACAGAUGAGAGUAGAUGGGUUGGGUUUAAGUGUGGUAGAAGCAAGGUACAAGCGUAGAAACGCAAGGAGCGGGAGGGGUAAUGAAAUCCAGAUGCACGAAGAAAAGGAUGAAGGGAGGAGUCUUGAGGAAAAAGUAGAGGAAAAAGGAAAAGCAUGACACAUGGAGUAUAUGAGGCAGUCACUAAGAUACCAUGAGAAAAACAUCUUAAUGCCAUUCAGGCGCUCCUGUUCCAUGAACACAUUUAGAGUCUCGAGGUAGUCGUGAAAGCCUCAACAAACUUCACCCAUGUCAGCGCUGGUUUGUACUGUGGUCAUGCUUGUGUCCACAUUUGGAGCUCGGCCAUAAAUGGAUGUAUGUCCUUUGAGAUAAAACAGGAUAUUUACUUUUGUAGUUUUUUGCAACAUGUGGACUUAUAAGGCAGUGAAUGGAAGGGGUGUGUGUGUGAGUGCCUGCAUGUGUGUGUGUGUGUGUGUGUGUGUGUGUGUGUGUUCAGCAAAAAAAAAGAAAAAAAAAAAACUCAAGGGUACUGGUAGGUUUAAGUGUAUCCAGCUGUGAAACUUGAUCAGAACAUCUGGUAUGUGUCUGGAUCUUGCUCCUGUAAGGGAAAAAAAGUUCGAAGGAAGGAAGCAAAACAUACCUUUGUAUAAAUAAAGACGUGUGUCUGUGAUCUGCAUGCAGUACUCAUGUAAGCGAGUCUGCCAGUGAAACUGUGAGUGUGUGUGUGUGUGUGUGUGUAUGUGUGUGUGUGAUAGAGGGGUCAGAGCGAUAGAGCGCAGCAGUGCCAGAAGGUGAAACACAUGUUGGAGUAAGUAAUCAGUCAGUGUGUCAGCUUUAUGGAUGUUGUCUGCGGGUUGAGGAUGGGCUUUUAAAGGCUGAUAGUUUGAGUGUUUAACCGCUAAUCACGUUGUUCCACCAUCCGUCAAGUCAACGCUAGUUUGAGUCAAACAACUCCAGAUUAAUGCCCUGUGGCAACCACUUUUUUAGAAGUACUCCAUAGUUUUAGUGUUUCACUUUCUUAAGUACCUAAGCAGCAUUAGUCGCACCGUUUCAUUGUGUUCAGUUCGUUCUUGUGCGUUUGUUGUUUAAGCUGUGUGCUAUCCAUACUGCUAGUUCACAAAGCCUGGUGAUGAAUGGCCCCAUGAUUAUAAUAGUGCUGGGUGUUUCCAGGGUAUUGCAAGAGGAUAAGGUGGAGUGGCUUAAACAAACAGAAGUAUGUGUGAGCAUGAGAACGUAAAAGAGAAGGAAUGAGAGAGAGACGAAGACAGACAGAGAGAGAGAGAGAGAGGAGGAAGAAGAAGAAGUACCUCACUGACAAGGUGUUGUCUCGUCCCAUGACUCAUUUGUUUUAAAAUGUGUUUGAUCUCUUGUCUUAUAUGAUAAAAUGUGACCUUUAGUGCCAUGAAAGCUUCUCAUAAAGGAAAAAUGUUUUUCUUUUAUGAGGUUGUCACGGUCUGUAAAAUAAAACUCUGAGCAGAUUACUGCUUCAUAGAUGCGCUGUAACUUUGUUUGGUGUUAUGCAAUUGUUGUAGGUGCUCUUUUAACUACAUAAUGCAGUAACAAAGCCGCAUAAUCGCCACACAUGUGUUCCAAUCAGUUUUGUCCAGCUUAUUAUCUGUGAUGUUCAUGAAUACAAUGAGGACACACUGUGUACGCUGUAAUUAGCUGACAAUUUGGACCUUGUUUUGUUACACAUGCCCACGAUGUGCUUUUAUUAGUAAUAAUAGAUAAUGUGUCAUCCCUGCAGCGCUUUUGUGGUUAUUAACAAUAAACUAUAUUUUUUUAACAUUAUUUGCGGCUCAUGGUUCAAAUCACAGCACUGUAUCCGACCUGAAGCAAUAAAGCACAAGCUGAUAAAGUAUUACUGUAAAUGCAAAAUUAUUCUGCGUUUGAUAUUGCAAUUUAAUGAGAAUCUUAAUCAGACCUUGUCCUCGUAUUUGUUAUUAAUGAAUAGACCUGAAACAAAGGGAUUGUAGUGAACUGAUUAAAGUACAUUAAUGAACUGAAAGGAAAGUAUGCUUAGAGCGUUUGACUCUGAUGUUGAGCUACACCCCUCUAGUGGCAAUAGAGUUGUACUUCAUUUACUGUUUUAUCAUUUCUUUACCACUUGAAGUGAAGUUCAUCAAUGGCUUAUUUUCUCUCUCUUUUUUUUCUAGGGAACUCUUCCUCUCCUGCCACUGGUAUUGUCCCUGUUGCUCAGACAAGGUUAAGCCCCACACAUCAGACCGCCAUUGUCCAGAGGAACCGCUCCAUUCUCCUUGGACAUCCUCACCAAGCUCCACACUCCACCUUGAACCCGGCCCCCACACCUGGUGACAGCCUCUCACCCAAUGCCACACUGCUCUACUGGGGGGACCUCAGUCGAACUCUGGCUUUUGCCUGGGAGCUGCAUGUCUAUGGCUCUGCAAGCCUCUUCCUUCUCCUGUUUGCUGGAGCUGCUCUCGGUCUCACUCUGUCCCCUGGUGCAAACUGUCCUCAUCGAGGGGCUCUUGCCCUCGCCAAUGCUCUAUUGUUCCUGGCCGGGGGUCUUAGGGCAGCUUUGUUUCUAAUUGAUCCCUAUGGAUCUAGGAAAUUCCUCCCUCGCCCUGCAGUUACAGCCAUCUACAACUUGCCUCUACACUUGCUUGUGUGGACACAAGCUGCCUUGGCACUGCUUGCAAUGAGGGUGAAAGGAGUCAGUGUGUUACCCUCAACCUUGGAGCGUCCUCCUCUUGUGGCUGUGUUAGCUGUGUUACAGUGUACCCUGCUUCUUGCAGCAGAUCUGCUUUCCCCUGCCCUGUCCCCCUUGGUGCCUGUCACCCUCCAGGUCCUGUCACUGUGCUGGGGUCUGAUUCUCUGUCUAGGCUUCCUUUGCUAUGUCUUUCCACGUUUACGCUGCCCACUAAAUCCCUACCCUGGAGCCCCUGAAGAUGGUCGGAGGAAAGCUUGGACAGGUAGACGGUGGAUGGGGGUGAGUCUGGGGAGAGUGCUUGCAGUGUGUGCAGUUCUGGGUGCAAUUUGCUGUGGGCUGCACGUACAUGCCACUCUGUGGCUCUAUGGACUGCUAGGGAACUGGACAAGCUUUAACUGGGGUUGGUGGCUUGUGCACUUCUGGGCUCGUCUUCUUGAGCUUGCCUGGGGGUUAUCCCUCCUUGUGUUGGGUUCCUGGGUGUUCUGGAGGCCUCAAGGAUGUCGGGGAGGAGAGGAGGUUGGUCAAGAUGGAAGGGCAGCAGGAGACCUUCCAUCCCCUGGUCAAUCUACUGGCUCCAAUCAGAGACAUACUUGCUGGUCCAAGAUAGUCCAAAGCCUGAGGGGGAAGCCCUGUAGAAAGUCUGACAGUAAUGGGGUAGGAGCGGGAGGUGGAGGAGGAGGAGGAGCUGGUGAGGUUCCUAACAACUGGGCUGGCCAGGAGCGUCCUGGAGCUGACAUCAGCAAGAGUCUGAUCAGGAAUCAGAACCACGAGCUGGCCCCCGUGCAGCCACGCUGCAUCAAAGACAGCAACAGGGGACGCAACCAUCGAGGCCACUCCGCAGAGCGAGGCGUAUCUGAUGGCUCCACAGGCUCCCUGCUGAGACUGCAGGCGUUCGGACGGCCUCCUCAGCGCUCAGUAAGUGGAAGUCUGGAUCAGGAUAGGGAUACUUCUCUGUCCUUUUAUGAGUUCGAUCUAAGGCCCCCAUCUCCAAUAGACCUGACCCGCAGCAUCGAUGAAGCACUGCACCGGGAGCACCUGCUUGAAGGAGGGAGCUUGUUUCAUCCUAUAAACCAUAUCUCACAGUCACCCUCCCCAGGCUCAGGGAUCAGCCAGGGGCCCUGGCUCCGCAGGAACAGUGAUCCUCAGCUGCUAUCUGAGAGCAGCGAUGCCCCAACAGAGUCUUCCAUGCCACUGGGGGGCAGUGUUCUCAGCAGUGUUCCCAGCAGACAAGUGACUGCUCCUCCAACACCCUCCCACCAGGGUCACAGGUGGGCUGCAAAUGCUGUAGGAAGUGUCCCUUCAUCAGUUUCCUGUCCUGUGUCUCUUCACCCCUCCAGAACAUCGACAGGUAAUCUGGAGGAUGGAGUGGAUGACACUCGGCCUUUCAUUACCCCAGACUCAGAGAGAGCACAAGUGAGGGCUGGGAGGCCGGUAGGGUCACGGAGUUACUUGGAAGUCAGCAGACACGACGACUCUGCCAGCGUCAGUAGUGAAAUUAUUGAUCUUUAAACCAAACCUGGGACCAAUGAGAGGACCAAUGACUGCACAUCAAACACAUUCAUUUAAGAAAUAUUGUUCCUGACAAAGAUUUCCUCAACAAAUACUGGGAUUUUUUUUCCAUUGAACUAUCUGAAAAUUAUUUUUGGAAGAGGGAAGUCCUUUCAAGUGUCUCUGUGUGAUAACCUUCAUGGAUGACACUGAGUUGCCUUUUACCUUGUUAAAAGGUUGUAUUUGUGGAACAGAUAUGUUAUUCUUUUACUCUAGGAGUAAAAAUGGGCGCUCAAGCACAGAUAAACAAAACUUAAUGCCCGAAACUCUUUCUGUCUCACACACAUCAAUUACUUUGUCCUGUUUUCCCCUCAAAUUCAAACGCAUCCUGUCAUUGGACUUCAAGAAAACUAGUUUUAUUCUUACAUCUCAGUUUUAGAUCUACAUGCUAAAAGCCAAGCAUGGCUCCAGGUGUCCCCUUUUUAUCGUUGCUGUGGGAAAAAAAAAAGGUUUGCAUUGCAUCAGUUAAGUGAUUUUCAUAGCUUUCGUGGUGUUCAUUUGCCGUCUUCCACAUUUCAAUUUUGUUUGUGAUGUAAACAUGUGCCAUACAUAAACUUGGUUGGUUCUGUGCUGUUUUUAUGAUUCUUUUCCAUUUGUUGGGAUGAACCCUUUAUAGCGUCUUACCAGUGGCAUAGUGACUCCUUCCAAGCUCCUCAGAUGCUGUUCUGUUGUGUGUGUCCAGUCUGCAUUGUGUGAUAAUGUUGCUCUGGUUACAUAAAUACAGAGGUAGUAAAUGAGAGACAGACACGCAGAAACAUGGUAACAUAUUCAAAGUGUUGCUGAGGCUUUAAGCUGUAGCUAGAAUUGACUUCAAAAUAAGCUUUAAGCAUUCAUCGAUGAGAUUAAUGCAUCUCAUGUCAUUAUUUUGAUGUAAGACAGUGCUUUUGCAAACAAUAAUUAUGCACCAUAAAAGCCUCUGACUGCAUUUCUAUGGAAUUCGACUAAGAAUGUUCAACAUAAUCAUGAGCCUUUCAUUUGCAUUGAAAUCAAUUUGGACUUUGUAAUCUAUUGAAAUGCUCCACAGCUUUGCAGGGCUGCACCUCACAGGACUGGCUUGGCAUGAACCUCAAAUACUCUAGACCUUACUCAAUGACAGAGCACUUAACAGUUAGGCUUGAGCACUAGACUGAAGUAUUUUACUAUCUAAGAGGGAAAUAUAUUUCAAAUAUACAAUGUAUAAGCAACAAUGUAAAUAAUGUUAUUUUGAUGUCUCUGAAUAAAAGUGUAUUUGAAACCAAGUAGUAGUUCUUACUGUGAAAGACAAUCUGAAGACGUGUUGCUUGUGUGUCUGAGCUGUGCAGUAAGUGACACUUUUUAUGUCAGAUUGUGGCCUGUUAUAAGGACAAGCAGAAGUGUGACAGUUACUUGACUCUAGAGGUUUAGUCCAGGACUUUUUUGACAAUUCAAAGUAUUUUUAUGAUGCAGGAAAAAUGAUGGUGAAGUUCUGCUGGAUUUUUCAUCCCUCUUUGUUUAAGGAUCACAAAGUUAUGGACGUUAGAAAGAAGCUUCACCACUUAUUGAGCUUAUUGAUAAACUUCAUGAUUUAAAUCCCUAUCUCAUAUUUUCAAAUCUUUGUUUCAAAAUGUUUGAAUUUAUUUUCUAGAACAGGCUUUCACAAAAUGAUCACUGAAAGGUUAUCUUGAGUAUCUGUUGCAAAUACUCAAGAUUACACUUAGAGAUGUUUUUCUCAAGUGGACUAAAACUUCAUUUAAGCCUCUGUCUCUGAUUAGAGUGGGUCAGUGAUUUAUUCUCCAGUUGCCUCAGGGUGACUUGAAGUACCUCCUAGUGAUGAGAGUUGCUUGACUUGUCCAGUAUCUGAGGUACAACGGCCUUAUAUUAUUGUCUACAUUCCAAUGACACCCCAAACUUUGCAGUUACCUCCUCUCCCCUUUUGACUAGGGUGGUUUCCCUAUGUUCAUGUUCUCUUGCAACACAAUAUGUGCCAUUGAAAAUUCAAUAUUGUGGCCCCUAUAGUCACAGUGCAACAAUACAGUGUGAUAUUAAUGUGUUGGUUAUGCUCAUUGAAUUUUGCUCUUGUAUUUCCUGCAAAGUUUCAUCUGGAUUCCAAUAAAAAGAAUAAAAGCAACAUUAUUUGAAAGUCCUCUU